AUGCCAAACCACUACUCAUUGCAACUGGACAGGGAUGCUCUUCCACUAGGCACUCGGCGUCUGCCACCAUACGAGUCGCUUUGCCUCCAAAUCCGCAUUCGUCGACGUGCAUAUAUCAACGAUUCUGUUGUGCAAGAACUUCCUGAAUACGCGCAGGCUUUUACUCUGUUACAUGAGAUGCUACUGCACGAAGACUCGGCUCGGGUCUUCUUAUCUUUUUGUCUUUCAGCAGUGGGAAUCCCCAUCAAUGAUCAGGAUCAGAUGUUAAACGCCAUCGCCUCUUUCUAUCUGGACAUGGGUGUAGAUCCAGCUUCUAGUACCUGUAGUGGUGGUGCAAUUCCCAUAGUUCUUGCCGAUAUUCUGAUCGAGUACGAGGCACAUGAUGAAACUCAAGCUGUGAAUAGGGCAAUCCAAGAAUCCAUGGAAUUAGAUAUGUUCAAGGCUGUGCCUGCCACUAAAUCGUCCAUCGAGGGUCUGAAGAAGGUCAGACUGGAGGGUUCGGGUUCCAUGGAAGAAUGCAUGAUAUGUUUGGAAAAGUUUUGUGUCGGGCAAGAAGCCACAUGCAUGCCGUGUUCGCAUGUCUAUCAUGGCGAUUGCAUUGCUCAGUGGCUGGAGAGGAGUCAUUUGUGUCCACUGUGCCGCUUCCAGAUGCCGACGGAUUCGGGUUCCUCUAGGUGA